CGGGUGGAGCUUGUGAACGUGGGAACGUAUGUGGGCUGCUGCUGCUGCUGCUGCUGCUGCUGCUGGUGCUUGUUGGAGUGAAAAUUCUUUGACAGGGGGGAUGAGGCGACCUGUGCACGGGCACUGACGGGAGAAGUUUGUUUUUGCUGUGUCGCCGGGCAGGUUUUUCUCUGCCGAGUCAACGCGGAGGAAGACUUGAGAGCGGCAAAUGAAUUGUAGUAGUCCAAGCAACAGGGCACGGAGCGAAAUGUCAGAGACUGUUUCAGACGCGAGCCACGGGAAGAGCGACUAGUAGGCUACACCGCAACGCGGAAAAUAUCCAGGGGAGAGAGAAUGCGAAUGGUGCGAAGAUACCGAAAUCAAACAAAAUGGAAACGAUGUAGCGUCGCUGCGGCAUUUCACAUAGCUAGAACUAACGAUAGAGUAGAGAAUAGAUAGCCAAGGAGCUAGCACGUCAACUAACAUACAUGUAAAGUUAUUCCCCAGAGGAGCCGAAGUGGAGCCCGGAGGCGUCUGUUGACUCGGAGGAGUUCGCCAGUACUGCGGAAUUAAAGACACAAAAAAAAAAAAAAAAAAGAGAGAGAAGAUGCUACGGAGAGGACUGAACCGUCUGCUCGGUGGCGAUGAGAGAAGAGUAGACAGUAGGACAAUCUACGUUGGUCAUCGGCAGUGUCCUGCCAGUGAGGCUUUCAUCCCACCCAAGUUCUGCGAUAACAGGAUUGUGUCCUCCAAGUAUACAGUUUGGAACUUUCUACCAAAGAACCUGUUUGAACAGUUUAGAAGAAUUGCCAAUUUCUACUUCCUUAUCAUCUUCCUGGUACAGGUGAUAGUGGACACCCCCACCAGCCCAGUCACCAGUGGCCUACCAUUAUUUUUUGUGAUUACAGUAACUGCUAUCAAGCAGGGCUAUGAGGACUGUCUACGGCACAAGGCUGACAACGAGGUGAAUAAGUACCCAGUGACCGUGCUAGAGGAUGGCCAGAGGACACGGAAGGAGAGUGAAAAGAUCAAGGUGGGGGAUGUCGUGGAGGUGGAGGAAGACGAGACCUUUCCCUGUGACUUAAUACUGCUGCAGUCGAGCCGAGAUGACGACACAUGUUUUGUUACCACAGCGAGUCUGGAUGGAGAGUCCAACCAUAAAACACACUACACGGUGCCAGACGCAGGGAAGGAUCUGGAAUCUCUCAAUGCCACCAUUGAGUGUGAACAACCACAGCCUGACCUUUACAAGUUUGUUGGUCGUAUGCACAUCUACACAAACAAUCAGGAACCCGCAGUGAGGUCUUUAGGCCCAGAGAACCUUCUUCUGAAAGGGGCGACUUUAAAGAACACACAGAAGAUCUGUGGUGUUGCAGUUUACACGGGCAUGGAGACAAAGAUGGCUCUCAACUACCAGGGCAAAUCUCAGAAGCGCUCUGCUGUGGAGAAGUCUAUUAAUGCCUUCCUUCUGGUGUACCUCUGCAUAUUGGUGAGCAAAGCCCUAGUGUGCACUACACUCAAGUAUGUAUGGCAGAGCAAGCCGGGACAGGACGAGCCGUGGUACAACGAGAAAACCCAGAGAGAGAAGGACACAAAUCUGUACCUAAAGAUGUUCACCGACUUCCUGUCCUUCAUGGUCCUCUUCAACUUCAUCAUACCUGUGUCCAUGUAUGUAACGGUUGAGAUGCAAAAGUUUUUGGGUUCCUUUUUCAUCACGUGGGACAAAGAUUUCUUUGACCCUGAAAUCCAGGAGGGGGCGCUGGUCAACACUUCAGACCUCAAUGAGGAGCUUGGACAGGUGGAGUAUGUCUUCACAGACAAGACGGGCACCCUCACUCAGAAUAACAUGGAGUUCAUCGAGUGCUGCAUCGACGGCUUCCAGUACAAAUACCGGGACGCGAGCACAGAGUUGGACGGAUUCUGUGUCACAGAUGGACCUGUGAGCAAACUACAGGAGAAAGCUGGCAGGGACAAAGAAGAGCUUUUUCUGCGCGCCCUGUGUCUGUGCCACACAGUCCAGGUGAAGGAGUUUACAGAGCAAGAUCAAGGCCCAGGGGACGGACUGAUGGACCAAGUAGAUGGAUUAGGAGUGGAUGAAGAGGAGCCCUAUCCACCGCAGGAGCAGAGGGGCUUUAUUGCCUCCUCUCCUGAUGAGGUUGCCCUGGUCAAGGGUGCCAUGAAGUAUGGCUUCACUUUUCUGGGUCUCGAAAGUAAAACCAUGAAAAUCCGCAACAGGAACAAUGAUGUUGAAAUGUAUGAACUGCUCCAUGUGUUGAACUUUGACCCAGUGAGAAGGCGAAUGAGUGUAAUCGUCAGAUCUAAAUCAGGUGACACACUACUUUUCUGCAAGGGAGCAGACUCUUCCAUCUUCCCCCGAGUCAGACAAGAGGAGGUUGAAAGGAUACGCAUGCAUGUGGAGCGGAACGCAACAGAGGGCUACAGGACGCUCUGUGUUGCCUACAAACAUCUUAGUGCAGAGGAGUACGCCCGGGCAGAUGCGGGGUUAAGGGAAGCUAGACUGGCUCUACAGGACAGAGAGGAGAAGCUCAUGGAUGUUUACAACCAAGUAGAGACGGGAAUGAGUCUAAUCGGAGCCACUGCUGUAGAAGAUCGGCUUCAAGAGGAGGCUGCAGAAACGAUGGAAGCUCUGCAGGGAGCAGGGAUGAAGGUUUGGGUCCUAACGGGGGACAAGAUGGAGACAGCAAAGUCCACCUGUUACGCUUGUAGAUUAUUCCAGAGGAACACAGAGCUGUUGGAACUUACAGUGCGAACUCUGGAGGAUGGAGGGAGGAGGCGCGAAGAACGGCUGCAUGAGCUCUUGUCCGACUACCACAAGAAAACUGUCCAGGAUGCACCACCAGUAAAGGCAGGCGCCACCAGGAGUUGGGCUAUGACCAGCCAGGAUUAUGGUUUCAUCGUAGAUGGAGCCACUCUGUCGAUGGUGCUCAACUCAUCGUCUGGAUCCAACUCAAAUCUUUACAAGAACAUGUUCCUUCAGAUUUGCCAAAACUCCACAGCUGUUCUGUGCUGUCGCAUGGCUCCUCUACAAAAGGCCCAGAUUGUUAAAAUGGUGAAGAACUCUAAAGGCAGUCCAAUCACCCUUUCCAUUGGAGAUGGAGCCAAUGAUGUCAGCAUGAUUUUGGAAGCUCAUGUUGGCAUCGGCAUUAAAGGUAAAGAAGGCCGGCAGGCGGUGAGGAACAGUGAUUAUGCCAUCCCUAAACUCAAGCACCUCAAGAAACUUUUGUUGGCUCAUGGGCAUCUCUACUAUGUUCGCAUUGCACACCUGGUGCAGUAUUUUUUUUACAAGAACCUUUGCUUCAUCUUACCUCAGUUUUUGUACCAGUUCUUCUGUGGCUAUUCUCAGCAACCCCUGUAUGAUGCGGCCUAUUUGACGAUGUACAACAUCUGCUUCACCUCUAUGCCCAUCCUGGCCUACAGCCUUUUCGAGCAGCACAUUUGCAUUGAGGGUCUUCUGGACAAUGCCACCCUCUACAGAGAGAUUGCUAAGAAUGCCAUGUUACGCUGGAGACCCUUCCUUUACUGGACGAUGCUGGGAGUCUUCCAUGGCUUGUUGUUCUUUUUCGGUGUUCGAUACUUAUUCAGUAACCCAGCCCUGCAGGAUAAUGGCCAGAUUUUCGGGAACUGGUCAUAUGGAACGAUUGUCUUCACUGUCCUUGUCUUCACUGUAACCCUAAAGCUCGCUCUGGACACGCGGCACUGGACGUGGAUAAACCAUUUUGUCAUCUGGGGUUCCCUGGCCUUCUACGUGUUUUUCAGCUUCUUCUGGGGAGGCAUAAUAUGGCCUUUCCUGGGGCAGCAGCGUUUGUACUUUGUGUUUGCCAACAUGCUGAGUUCAGUGUCAGCUUGGCUGGUCAUCAUACUGCUCAUCCUGCUCAGCUUACUGCCAGAACUCCUGAUCGUGGUGCUCCGAGAGCCCCGCGGCCCCAACGCUCGACAGAAGAAGCUGGUUCAGUCGAGCGUGGGGGGCCUCCAGUCUCCCCGGUCUUCAGCCAGGCCCCUGCUCAUGAGAACCUUUUCAGAUGAAUCCAAUACUGUCAUUUAAACAGCUGUCAGAGGAACGCCUCCUACAAACAUCCAGGUCGCCCCGGUCACACCACUAUCCUAUAAGCACCUGAUGGAGCGCGAGUGAAAGGCAGCAAGGACUCAACAAAGGCAGGACGCAGCCUCAGUCUGGGUCCCGUUCCAGUCAGGGCAGCCUGCCAUCUUAAAUUAGGGGGAGGAAGAUAAAAAAAAAAAAAUAUAUGACGACAAAGAAGAAUUCUAACGUGGGGAGGGGAUGAAAAGCAGUCUUUUGACUCGCGCGUUUCUUUUCCACACAGUCCCCUAACCACCCACUUUCCCAUGCAUGCCUGCAGAGCAGUGCCCUGCGUUAUUUUAUAAAGUAUCUACACAGGUGACGGGCAUGAGUUUUCUUUCUUUCACUUUUUUAACUCUAGCUUACAAAUGAAUGCAUACAUGGCUGCCUUGUCAGUAGCUCUAUUCAACUGCUGUGUUUCAGCAAGCAGUUGUAAUCUCCACUCCAUGAAUGGUACAUCUGCAUGAAAGAAGGCGCUAAAGAACUCUCCACUGAUGGUCAGUCACUGUAUUUUGCAAAACAUUUUGUUUGAUUAUAUUCUAAGCGGUUAUGAUUCAAGAGGUUGUUCCACUUUACACUUAUUCUUUAAAUAGUAUGUUUUAAAAAAAAAAUGCACUCAUCAAAGAUCCAAAUCAUUCAAGAUGACAAGUUAUUGAAUGUGACUUCAGUCCAGGUCAGAGCAGCAAACAGACUGUUAGAGUAAUUUUGUGGUUUAUAAAUGAUUGUAAUUACUUGAUUUUAUUGAUGAAUCUGAGAAAUACUAAGGUGACACAGGGGUUAAGUGUGGCCAUAUUAAGACUCAAUCCAAAAAGUGUGCGUGUUCAUGUAAGAUUGUGGAAUGGAUUAGAGAUGUUAAGUGUAUUCGGGCAAUGAAACGUUGCCUGGACCGUGACCUAAAUCUUCCAGCCUCAGAGAUAAUUUAAGAGUCCAAUUAAGAUGAAUAAAUUAAUAUAUAUGCUGUACUGUAUAUAGCUCGGAGAUAUAUGUUAGCAUCUGCUCAAAGCCAAAAAGACGAUUAGUACGAUCAGAUCCCGUCCACACUAGUGUCACCUGGCAGUGACAGGUCGGCGUGUGUUUGUCUGUGUGUGUUACAUAAGUAAGUGCAAAUGUACUGGACGAGAAAAGCCACAAAUGCCUGCGUGUAAUGAAAACCAGGAUUACUUGAACCUUGUUGAUUUAGUUCUAUUAGACAUAUUCUGCACUAUUAAGGAAACUGGUUUCUUCAUUAAGCAGAUCAUCACAGAAGGCACAUGAAUAUAUGCCUGAGUGCAAAUUUACACCAGUUAGAUGAGAGCAUUACACAAACAAUAACCUAACACAAUGUACACGUUUAUGCACACAUGCACUAAAGCCUAAAUGAGGUAUUUAUAUUCAUUACCCAUUAUCUAGCUUGCAUAUUUUGUCUCAGGCUGAAGUUAGAACAGAAAGAAAUUCAGCUCCAGAUCUGCAGAGUCAGCGUAUUUAAUGCCACUGUGACUCUCUUCUCUCUGUUCUUGGUCAUAUCUGCUGACCAGCACGGUGAUAGGGUGCACCCUUCGGCCCUUUGUUCCUUCCUUUAACUCCUCGUGUGUAGUGCUUCAUACAUUCCAUUUAAACAUGAUUCACUUUUAGAUACUGUUUUGAAAUGUUUUGUUCCCCCCCCCUCUUUUCCACAUAUAUUGUCUACUUUGCAUAUUUAUUAUUACGUGUAAUUUUACUCACAAAUGUUAUAUUUUUACUACAUGAAUCUUUUUUAUUGUGGAGAGUGUUCAGCUUCGUGCCAGUUGAGUUAGCUUGUUUUACUGAAGCUCUGACGUGAGCCCACGCUGUUUCCAUCUGAUCGUCUUUGUCAUGUGUAAAGAGACAGGCAGCCCCUUCUCUCAACAAGCUCAGCCCCGACUUCUUAAUGUCAGCCUGGGAGCCACGUUUCGUGUCGCCAACUGUUGUGGAAGAUUUUAAAGUUUACUACGCCACUGAUCCCCCACUUAAACUUUACUUGUACUGUGAGUACUGUCCAGUACUGGCUUUGUGUUCAACCCCACUGACUAGAGCCGGACAUAGCUGAUACAGUGCAUCGGCAGAAUGUAGUCAUAAUGCCAAUGGAGAUUUAAAAUAAAAAAUAAUAAUAAUAAAAAAAAGAUAUUAUACUGUCAUGUCUUUCUGCAUCAUUUCCUGCUAAAAAAUGGAAAGUCAAUGAGAUGUUUUCUACUGUGACAUGUUGCCUCCAGACUGCACUGUGCCAGUGAUACUGUAUGAAGACAUAUUGAGAGGGGCUGCCUGCUUUGUUAACAAAUAAAAACCUUUAAAUGACAUCAGAAAUACUAUUUUCAGAGCAUAUAUAUAUACACAUAUAUAUAUAUCUAAUGUUUUGCCUGUCUACAUGAAGAGUUAAAAACAAUGGAUUGUAUUUUUAAUGCAACCUUUUUCCAGCCACUUUUAUAAGAAAAUUAAAAUGUCUUCAAAAGAAAGAAGAAGAAAAAAAAAGCACGGGAGGCUCUGUGGUCGUGGUCUAUCCCUGUCUGUGAGGGGUGGAGGUGGACACCUUCAGGCACCUCAGUAGCUCUGUCGUAUAGCAGGGACACCUCGCCACCUCCAGCCUUUCGGGUCUCCAGCUUCAACACUCCAAACCUCCAAGCUGAAUGUACCUCUUUGGAACUCGUGUAUUCAAAAAGAUUUUCUGUAAUAAAAAGCAGAAUGUUUUCAAGAUAAA